UGCAAAACCUGCCUCAUUUAUUACCUUGUCAUGACAGGAACUCCGGUUACCAACAGCGGUGCUCCGGGACAAUGGACCACCGGUUUAUGUGGUUGCUGUGAUGAUCGCUCUAACUGUUGUGUCACUUGUUGGUGUCCUUGUGUCACCUUUGGCCAAAAUGUUGAAAUAAUUGAUAAAGGAACUACUUCUUGUGCUCAUGCUGGUGUAAUAUACUAUUGCUUGGCUCAUGUGUGUUGUGCUUGUGUCUACACAUGCACUUAUCGUACAAAACUGAGAGCCUACUUUAGCUUGCCAGAGGACCCUUGUGGAGAUUGCCUUGUUCAUUUCUGCUGUCUCCCUUGUGCUGUUUGCCAAGAAUACAGAGAGCUCAAGAGCCGCGGUUUUGACCCCUCCCAAGGAUGGAUGGCUAAUGCUCAGAAAUGGAGUCAAGAUGGAGUCACUGUACCUCCCCCUAUUGCACCAGGCAUGACUCGCUAAAAGAGGUUUCAACCACAACAAGCUGUUCCAUAUUUUGCUGGGCUAGUUCUUUGUUAAAUCUGUUGUAUCUUUGUUCUUCUUUUAAUUGUAGCAUGUGUAAAGUAAAAAUUGUGUGUAUGUUUUGGUUUCUUUCUCAUGUUACCCUACGAAUAGUUGGGUACCUCUUUAAUUUGAUCUGCAAUAAUAAAGGUUUUGUCAAUAUUCACAUAUUUUGUUUUCUUCCA